AUGCCUGGUGGAAGUGCUAGAAAACAAAGUGGCGGAAAUGAUUCAGCACAGAAAAACAGCAGUAGUAGUUCGUUGCGAAAUGAAAGCGUUUCGCCGGGGAGUAGCAGGGCGCGAAAGAGAAAGCGAUGUGAGGUCAGAAGAUUCAGCGACAGUGAUUUGGAGUCCGAAUUGGAGGAUUGCAAUUUCGAAGAUGCGAUUGCCAUUGAAAGGAAAUUGCGCAAAGUGGCGAAAGAUAACGACCUAAGUGAUGAGGAGAUGCGACAAUUGUUGCAGAAAUUUGUUAAAAAUGAACAUAUUCUUGCACUGGUAACGCUCAAAGCAGAAGAUGAAAUAGCACGUGAACGACAGGCAUCUGAGCAGCCAGCGAUUAUAAUAACUGACACGCCGUCUGUGCCAAAAUUGACGCGCGCAAAAGCUCGCGAGUUAAAUAAAACUGCAGGUAUUACUUUAUCUACACUAACUGAGAACAAGGAGCCGGAGAUUGCAGCUCUCAUACAAGAUGAACUGAAUUCCGAUGAAGAAGAUGAGGAGUAUGUAUUUCAAGAAGAGGAUUUUAUUUCCGAUGACGACCCCAGUACCAAUACCUCAGAUCUGGAUUCCAAUCCACGUACACCACAGACACCUUUAUCUCAAGCAGAGACUGAUGAUUCUCCGGUUAAGUUUACAGCUGAUGGCUGUUUCAAAAUACCAUUGGAAAAGCCUAUAAGUACGAGGGAGGACGUGCGUAUUGCGGCGCGCACACGAUCGAAGUUAUGCCUACAGCAGACUGCAAUCGAAGAUCUCGAGUCGGAAUUUGUGCCACCCGAUGUGGAACAUAUUGACUUACAGGAGGUGGAUUUAACAGCCAACGAUGAGGAUUGGAUGCAGUUUUUGAAUGAUUUUACUAAGCCUUUAAGCUCCAGUUUUAUAACAGACGAUGAUGAUCCUAUCAAUGAUCCGGAAUAUGUAGCGGCAGAUAAAAUAACAGAGGAUGCGGAAGAAUUACGCGACAUUAACAUACCCAAAAAGGAGCUUACCGAGCUCGUUGCCGAACUAUUCGAAGGCCUCUUUAAUGAAGGUGUAUCGUUGGAAAGUGUCGAAUUAGAUACACCACAGAAGUUUUUGCAAAGUGACUUAGAACAGUCAACUAUUACGGAUGGCGCUAAUCGUAGCAUCUCCGCUGGCACAGCUGCCGCAUCGUUUAGUGAUCAGCCUGAAUGCGAAGGCAAUCCAGUGACGCGACAACUUAAUUUUGACACUCCAGCACAACAGCAAGAUUACAAUCCAGUGCAACUUUCUCAACAGCAGCAGGGAUUCGUGUCCGUUGUGCCUCCCUUAGUUCCUAUUAGCAAUGUAGCGAAUGUGACUCAAAACGAUUACUCAUUUCAUCCGGAUAUCAUGUCCACUCCUGCACCGACAACUGGGCAGCGUGUGGGCAAUACCGCAACGCAGGUACAAGUACCAGUGGCAUAUAAUUCCGAAAAUGAUGCGAGCCAAGUUGUCACACUGCCCACGACGUCGUUAAGUGCAGAGCCUGAAUGGAUAGCAGUUAAAAUUCCAGGUCCAACAAAUUCGUAUCAAUUAGCACGUGUUGUAGAAUCAGCGAACGCACUUGAGCCGCCGCCACUAGUAAGAAUACAGCCACAAAAGACAACAGAGCAACACAAACCAAAGCGUCCUCCUUUACCCCCUCCAGAGGAUACACGAUACAGUGUGCCUUACGAUACCAACUUUACAUGGGAGUAUAUUUCUAUAAGAAAGCAUGUUUAUACUGAGUAUAUAUCAAAAUUUGAAAAUCUUCGUAAUAUACCGCCACCGCCGCAAAUAGAGGAGGCACCAAGUAAUGCAAUUGGCUUCACAAAACAGCAACAUGAUAUACUACAGCAACAGUUGCGCAUGCAUGUACAAAUGCUAACGCAAACAUUUAUACAAAGCUACUCGCAUCCGAUUUAUUGGAAGCUUGCUCUGAAAGCGAAAGACAUGUUGACAGAGUUAGAAGAGAGGUCGAAGGAUGAUGCAUCCUUUCGUGCUUGGAAUCUAAAAAUAGCAACGAAGCUUGUAAGACAAUGGGAAGAAGAUUUGAAUAAAGAUACGUACGAGAAUAAAGAGAUGAUGAAAUUUAUACACAGCGAAAUUGAGUUGACCAAGAAUAAUUGUCGUCAGAUUGCCCGUUUUCCGCCUCGAAUUAUGGACCUAAUACUAAAUAGCAAGGUAUUCAUGUAUCCGGAAUACUUACCUCGGAUACCUUUCACUUCCAGAAUCGCGAGGUACCCCAUUUUUUCUCCCGCUGAAUCGCAGCUUAUUGCUAUGGGUUUGGAAAGGCAUAUACAACGUAUUCACGAGACAGGUGAACGCAUAUCGAAGAAAACCACUGAGCUAAAGAUUGCUGUACUGCGACUUGCAAAGGACACCGUGUACGGUAAAUCAGCGAGGCAAAUAUGGGCUCGUGUGAAAGCUUUAAGGAAUACAGAUUAUUAUAAUCCCGUAAAGUACUACUUUGAUAAUAAGCGCGCUCCGCCAGUUGAACACAAGUUAAUUAUGUUUCAAGACAACAAAGUAUUAGCGCCCAAAGACCGUUACCAAGAGUUACCGCUGGCCUGGCAAACGCGUAUAGACGAAAAACGCAAGGCCAAUAGAAAAAGGGGAACCAGAGCAUCUGAAACAGCUGGCGCCUCGUACUUACAGUUUGUACGCGAGGCUUUAGGCGAAGAAAUACAAUUGCCGGAUAGCGGUGAUAGUGCUGCUACAUCAGAAAACCGCGGAACUAACUUUUCCUGCUUUUCAAAAACGGGAAAUAACAUUACUAAUACGACACGUUCUAAAAGAUAUUUUGCAAAUAGUGUGACGAUAAAUGUAAAUUACCAUUUUAGUGCCACUACACCAGCUAGCGAAAUACAACGACCCAUCAACACCACGACCGCAGUUGCACUGCCAAGCAUUCCACCUUCCAACCGAGACUCGCCAAACGCCGCUGCUUUGGGAUUCACGCCACUGCCGAAAACGCCUCCGUUAGCCAACGAUAGUGUGGUAUCGUUUAAUUACGACUGGGGUACAAAAAGUUUGCAACCUAUUGUUGAACCCAAGGCCACAACAACGCGCGCAACUACUUCAAAUAAGCAAGGUCUUCCAAAGCAACGAGACCUAAUAAAGACCACUCGAAAACGCCAUAAAUUAGGCCUCCUUGGCCACUUAGGCCGAAGUCGCUUAAAAACUUUACGCUAUUUCGCCGUGCGGCGUGCGAGUUGCACUCUUGAUCGGCAAAAGAGAAAUAGGCGUCGACUGAAGAAACGCUGUCUAAGUCUUUUGACCGCAUAUCGGACUAAUCUAGAACGAAAUAAACUAUGUUACAAACGUUCACCUGUUGUGUUAAAAGUAUAUAAAUAUAUCAAAGCUUUGGAAUUGUACACAAAUUUGUUAGGCGAACUUAAAAUGGCUUGUCGUAAUUCUAUCACAGUUACUGGAUCUAAUGCCAACGAUGCAUCGGUUACUAACGGCGUUGGUAACUCGUCACAAAAUUCAUCAACGGCGAAAUUUUUUGUUCACAAUUCGCAACAAUAUUAUGGCAAACGAUCACGCGCGCAACUUGCGCAGCAGCAAGCGCUCGAGGAUGAGUCGAGUGUAAGCUCGCGUAGCAAAAAAGCAAGUCGUCAAGAGGAAAACUUUAAACAUAUGCUUUUGCCAGACAGUGCUGAGGAUGCAAAUCGAAAGGAUGCCAUUUAUGCUUUUAACUUCUAUGAAAAAGUGGAGGAGGCUUUCAAGGCCUCAAACCGUGCUGAAGACUGUAAAAGAUUUAAUCAUAUACUCAAAACAUUUGAUCCGCGUCGCGAUAAGGUGUCUGAUUUGUAUUAUAAAUUAGAACGUCUUUUUCUACCCGACCAUCCUGAGCUGGCUCAGGUGUUCCUCACAUUUUUGUUACCCUCGGAGGCGGCGGAAAUAGGAAAAUUUUUCGAACAUUUCAUGAUUAACAACAUGACUACAUUCAUCAACAAAUUGAAUAUUUAUUUCAAUAAGCAGCCUGCGCAAAUACGGAAGAUCUAUAAUUGUCUAGCGGAGCUGGCGGAUGAUCCAGAGGUUACUCUCAAAAAAGUAGAAUCAAAAAUUCUACCAUUACUCAAGGGAAAUCAAUUUCUUAUCGACUGGUUUUUGCAACAAUUUUCCGAGGCGAAACCGCCCGAGAGAAUAUUCUCCACGCCGGAACAAGUCAACUUAAAGGAAGUAGAAAUCAGACCGAAUUUGUAUGAGUCGCUAAAUGAUCCACACGAUGCGGCAACGCCAUGCUGUGAACUGCAACAGCAACAACAACAAAAUCAAGCACACAAUUGUCAACUCAGGUUCAUCAAUGGUCGCAUUUUCUAUGGCACCAAAAUGACGCUGCCUGCAAAACUUUCCUUCAUGGCUAGCAACCAACAGGCGGCUAACAUCAAUGAAAUUGAUGCGGAAGAUUUGUUAGAGCAGUCAAUACCUGAAUGCGUCCAUGCUAUACGAGAACAUGGUGAUAAGCAACUGGCAGCUGCUGCGGACAAAGCUGCAGCAAAUGCUGCCGCAGAUUGUAGCAGUGAUGACAACGAAAAGUCCGAGGAAGAAGAUGUAUCUAAAGCACUCGUCAUAGAUACCGCCAAUGAAGACGAUAGCAGCUCAUCCAUGGAAACCUGCGACGAUACGGCUUUACGCGCGCACGCCAUACGACUCAAUCCAUCUUAUUAUGGCAAUACAUGCUUUGCCGCCGUUACCAGCACACCAAACACCAGCAGCAAUCAUGCACCACAUUAUCCGCAUGCCAGGAAAUCGAUGCUAAAUUUCAACGACGAUGGAAAGGUGGCAUCACCACGUAAGCAAUUAACACCAGGUGCUCCAUGCGGAAAUACAAACCCUAGUACUUCCACAUCCACAUCAUGCCUCUCGCCUGGUAAUAUCGCAGUCAUCAGCGGCGUGUUAUCCAACGCCACUCAAAUUGUUACAGCUAACAAUGCGAAUGUUUUAGGCGACAGUAGUACCAAUUCACAAACGAACUCAUUACAACAGAUACGCGAUAGACGUAAAUCACCCACUAAGAAGAGCAGAUCGCCUGUGAGUACGCACCGUGGGCGUGCAAGUGGCGGCCAAAUACAGCCAAUGGUUGUGGUGUACGAACCAAAUUCCGCAAUUGCUUGCGCUAAGAAACUGCAAUCAUUGAUUGCUGAGGAUGAUAAUGACUGUGAAAUUGAUAAUAAAGAUCGCCUUUCAAUUGUUGCAUGCGCAAAGAAAGAAAACGUACCAAGAUUAGAGCCGGCCGACGAAGACGGCAGCUUAGUAUCGCAGUCGCACCAACAGAGAGCGCCUUCUCCACACACACCACCACUGCUACCAGUAACCAAAGUAGAAAUAAUCGAUAAUUCAGAUGAUAUGGAGUUUAUAUCUGAAAAUGCCGAGGUUACGCAUUCAUUUUCGCACGCUUCUAUCGAUAGAUUAGCGCAAUCACAGCAUGAAGAAAAUGCAGCACAGAAAAAUAUAUUCACAGCUACGACGACGAUAAUUACGCCAACGCCCAGCGUGGCGGAGCAACCUGCUGCAAGUGAAAGCUAUACAGAGGACUGUAAGUUGGAUGUUGUAGCCACAUUGGCCGCGUCUACCACGGAAACUACCAAUCCGAUGACGAAUACAACUCACACGCAACCUAAAGCGCCUACCGCUUGGACACGGGAAGAGGAUAAACUAAUAUUAAUCGAGAUGAAGUUGAGCGCGGGCGUAGAGCAGGAGCAGCUUUUCGAACGUAUGCGGGCCAAGCUACCGGCUCGUUCUCUUAACGAGAUUGAGGGGCGCUAUCAUUUUCUAAUGGACUUUUUGUGCAAGUUGCAGGGCAAAUAAUUUAUUUGAAAUUUUAUUUAUUAUUAUUAAUAACUGUUUCGUACAUAAAGGAAUUCUCAAAAUAAUGUACAUAAAUUCUAUGAAUUUAACUAAAUAUUGAACGUAAUAACUUUUCAGUUAUCAAUUUAAUAUUU